AUGAAUGAACUGGGCCCGGAGACUUUGAGGGGCUCGGAAAGUGGUGAACUUGCUCUCUGCUCUCGUAUCAACCCUUCAACUUGUGAAAUUGAAGCUUGCGAUACGUUGAGUUUUGCCAGCUGUCCGAGAAGGGACUUAAGCUGGGCCUCGUUUAAGAAUGGGUCGGUGAGGGUGGACGUCUCCUUUGUUUUCCUUUCUAGGUGUAUUCUUUCUCGAAGCAUUUUUUGGAAUCUACAUUGCGACCUUGUGAGUUUUGAUUUUGCAAGGUUUGAUGAUGGUGAUCGCUUCGGCUCUCGGAAUACAGUUAGGGGUUUGACUGAGAAUGCUCUCCUAGGGUUUGGAUCUCCCAACAAUUACAAUGGUGGCGCGAUUGAUUUCGAUGAUUUGUUCGACGGGGAAUGUGAGGCUCGAUCACCGGUUGCUGGUUCGACAUCUCUGGAUUGUUGGGCAGAGGAUUUCCUUAGCCUUGUUCCUCAAACCCCUACGCCCUCUAAUGUGGAUGGUGGGGUCUCAAUUAUUGAGAGCAACGAACUCCCCUCCCCUUCCUGCAUUGAUGUUGGUGGAAGUAGAGAGUGUGAUCGGAAGUAUUCCCUUUCGAUGAGAAGACAUUGUUGGAUAAAUGCAUCCAUGUGGGCAGAAUGCUGA